CUUGUGUGGAAUUCGGCCAGGAACGUCAGUCGAGCCUUUUGGCUGAAAAUGGAUCCACUCGAGUCGAAUUAGUCUGGGGAAUAAACAUUUAAACAAGAUAAGAACAUUUUCGGCCUGGGACAAUUAUUUUCACUUUAUUUCCAUGAUUGUUUUGGGUCUGUCUACAAGGACGCAUGGAAGAGAGCUAGCUUGUUGGCUUCGUAUGAAAAAUGCUCGGAAGCUGAGAGAGAUGCAUCAUGGGAAAGAAUGGCCAGACAUGUGACGACAGGAAUCCCAAAAGUCAUCUGUUAUGUCACCACGACAUGUUCGCCUGAACGGCGACGGCUCCGGCAGGCUCCAUGGCUCAUUCAUCGGACCCCUCCUGCAGGGAGAAGACCCCCGGCACACAGGGGAAGUCGCACUCAGCGGCGCGCAACAUCGUACGGAAGAAGGAGCAGCAGCAGCAGCGGCGGCGGCGAGGAAUCCGAUCUUCCUCACCCAUGGGCCGCGUCAUCCUCAUCAACUCGCCGGUUGACGGCGGCGAUGACAGCGAAGACCUUCACACCAUCACGGUGGACAAAAGCGAGGACGGCAAGCUGGGCUUCAGCGUGCGCGGCGGCUGCGAGCACGGCCUGAGCAUCUUCGUCAGCAAGGUGGAAGACGACAGCACGGCAGAGCGCGCCCUGUCGUUGUGCACAGAGGAGGCCGGCCUGCUGGUGGGCGACAAGCUGGUGGAGGUGAACGGCGUCAGCCUGGAGAGCAUCACCAUGAGCAGCGCCGUCAAGGUCCUGACGGGCAACAACAGGCUGAGGAUGGUGGUGAGGCGAGUGGGCAAGGUGCCCGGGAUCCGCUACUCGAAAGAGAAGACCACCUGGGUGGACUUGAUACACAGGCGCAUGGUGGUGGAGGAAAGCGGGCGGACGCCUUCGGACGCCAGCGCCAGCAGCGCUCUCCGCAGGAUCGUCCACCUGUACACCACCUCUGACGACUACUGUCUGGGCUUCAACAUCCGCGGUGGGAAGGAGUUUGGUUUGGGCAUUUACGUCUCCAAGCUGGACCCCGGCGGCCUGGCCGAGCAGAACGGGAUCAAGAUGGGCGACCAGAUCCUGGCCGCCAACGGCGUGGGCUUCGAGGACAUCAGCCACAGCAACGCGGUGGAGGUGCUAAAGAGUCACACGCACGUCAUGCUGACCAUCAAGGAGGCCGGCCGCUACCCCGCGUACAAGGAGAUGGUGGCGGAGUACCGAUGGCUCAACAAGUUGGCCAACGGGGGUCAGAAAUCUUCCUCGCUGGGCUCUGAGUCCAACUCGUCAGCAUCCUCGCUGUCCUCGGAGACGCCGGUCAGUUCUCUGAGCGGCCUGUCCCAGGUCAUGUUCCCACCUAGUUUGCCGUUUGCCUCCGACAUGGUGGAUGUGGGCAUCUCCACUGAGGACCAGAGCGAGGCCGUCAUCCAGACGGACACCACCCGCAGCCGGGGAGCCACCACGCUGCUGCGGGACACGGCCAUCCGCCGGGAGGAAAACGAAGACGAGGGCGGUCCGAGGAGGGAGUCUCGUAAGACGGCGGUGCUGCUGGCCCUCAGCAGACCCAGCCGACCCAUCAGCCGCUCGCAGAGCCAGGUCACCAUAGCAGAGAUCAGCCAGAAGAAAGCCAAGAAGCAGAAAGGAGGAAAAAACUCUGGAGAGAAGAGCGCCCUCCAACGCUCCAAGACGCUGGUCAACUUGUUGUUUGGAGGCGCACGCAAGAGGGACGCCUCCAGGGGGCGCUCAAAGUCGCUGUCUACUGACAAAGAAGGUUGGAGCCUUGGCAGAGGUCCGAGCGCUGCGGCAUUUCCAGAAGAGACGCUGCGAGCGGUGGAGGAGUUGGCACAGCGACUGUUGACGGAGGAGGAGGCGGAAGCGGUGAUGAAGGCGUGUCGGACGUAUGUGGAAGAAAGGUGCGUGGAGAUGUUAAUACGUCACCUACUGGCCGUGCUGGAUAGGCCUGAAAAACUGCUGCUGCUCAGAGAGGUCAGGAUGUUGCUUCCGGCCACCCAUCUCCGAGAAUUUAACAGCACUGUGGAAGCGGUGGAGGUGGAGGCGUACGACAUCCUCAAGUACCGCUCAGUCCAAACACCGCCUCUUCGCUCUCCCGCAUCUGGCCGAGCACCUAAACGCCGCCUCAUCACGCCGAUCCCAGAUUUGCGAGGGGGGUUCGAGCUGCACAGUGCCGCCAUGGUGGAGAAGCAAAGCCACUUGGUUGACAAGCUAGAGAAGCUCAGCCUGUCGGGGCCGCGGGCGUCCAGGCAGCGACGGCGGCGCCCCACUGCCCCCUUCACGCCGCUGCUGGACAUCCCGGUGGAUGGGUACCAGUUCACGGAGGACCACAAACACUGGCCCGCAUGUAGACCGGACCCCAACUGGCUGCUCUCCAGCGAGUGCGAUUUCGGAAGCGUCGCCACGGUGCGCUCUGAAGAGGUCUCAGAUUCUGCAUGUUUGAAUGACCGCCAGGCUCCACAAGAGUAUGAACUCCAAACGGUCAGCAUCUCCAAGACCAAGCAGUCACUCGGCAUCAGCAUAUCUGGCGGGAUGGAGUCCAAGGUCCAGCCGGUGGUCAAGGUGGAGAAGAUCUUCUCGGGAGGAGCCGCCUCCAGCUGCGAGGUGCUUAAGGCCGGAUUCGAGGUGGUUAGCGUGGACGGCACGUCGCUGCAAGGAGUCACCCACCAGCAUGCUGUUGACCUAAUCCGAAAAGCCUUCAGCAACAAGGCCAAAAACCCCAUGAUGCUGGUGGUCAAAGUGCCCUGCAAGCCUCCAAAGACAUCAUUAGCACAACUUAGUGGUCAAUAAUGGCCAAACAUCUCCAUUUUGGAAACAAAAACAACAAUUUCAUAACAAUUCAGUGUAACCUUUAAUAAACACAAAAUA